AUGCGUUUUCUUACUUUACCAGCACUAGCUACCUUAAUUGCGUCUGUCCAGAAUGCCUCGGCCUCUUUUGUGAACAGCACUGCGUGUGUAGAUGUACACUUUGUACUAGCUCGUGGAACUACAGAGUCUUAUCCUGGUUCUACAUAUUCACUUGCUUCACAGGUUGCUCAAAACACUACCCUACGCACGAACUACGAAAACAUCAUCUACCCUGCUGUCAGUGAGGAUUCAUCUGAUAGCUACUUCAUCGGACGUGCUGCUGUCGGCAGACAAGUCACAGCGUAUGCCCGAGAUUGUCCGCAAUCCCAAAUUGUGAUAUUGUCCUAUUCCCAGGGGGCUCUGAUCGUAGGGGAUGCACUUGCUGGUGGUGGUGGCAACUCGACCCUUGGAAAGCCGACUCAAGCACUCAUUUCCAGAGAUGUCGGGAAACAGAUCACUGCAAAUGUCUUCUACGGCAACCCUCGUCAUAUCGCGCAACAGCCCUACGAUUUCGGUACCACAGGUGUGAAACUCGUCGAAGGAAAAUAUCCUCGGCUGGCAUAUCAAGUCCGAACAUUCAAUGAGCGAUAUAGUGAGAUCACUGGGGAUUGGUGUAACGUUGGGGACGGCGUCUGCUCGCCCUCCGAAGGCGCCAAUGCUCUGAACCUCCACAUGGCGUAUGCGAAGGAUUAUGAUACCGUUGCUGCAGAUUGGGUGUUACAGAAAAUCAACGCAGCCCGCUCGCGAUGA